UCAGUCCGUGCCCGUGGAGCAGUACUGCGGAUCGCGACUGUCAGUUCACUCAUGCUGCGCACACGAGCUCUGGCUGCCGACUCCUGCAUCUAGGGGCAUCUCGUGCGACACUGCCCGUGGGAAUAUACAUAUAUAUACACCGCGAACAUGUCACGGAAUCACAGGACGCCGCUAAAAAACGAGGAGAGUGUGGUUGAGGUGAAGAGCAAAUUUGAGGGUGAGUACCGAAGGUUUGCGCUGAAGAAGAUUAGUGCCGGGGGCUUCCAGGAAUUCUACCAGCUGCUGCAGACCAUUCACCGGAUCCCUGGAGUGGACGUGCUGCUGGGAUAUGCAGACAUCCACGGAGAUCUACUUCCAAUCAACAAUGAUUACAACUUCCACAAAGCCCUGUCCUCAGCCAAUCCACUGCUUCGAAUUAUCGUUCAGAAGAGAGAUGUAGACGACACUGUGCCGUUCCCGACCGGCUCUCUUCAGAGAAGAAAAAAGGGCCUAGGUGGUCUGCGUCAAACACAGCCGAAGAGCAAAGCACCACUUCUCAUCGGCCUUCCUCAAGAUUUCCGACAAAUCUCCUCUAUCAUAGAUGUGGACAUCCUACCCGAGACGCAUCUGCGUGUCCGUCUGCACAAGCACGGCACCCACAAACCGCUUGGAUUCUACAUUCGUGAUGGCGUCAGCGUCCGUGUCACUCCUCAAGGUGUAGAGAAAUUCCCUGGCGUCUUUAUCUCUCGCCUAGUGAAAGGCGGUUUAGCAGACACAACAGGGUUGCUAGGAGUAAACGACGAAAUUCUUGAAGUGAAUGGCAUUGAUGUGUCAGGAAAAUCACUGGACCAGGUCACCGAUAUGAUGGUGGCCAACAGCCACAACCUCAUUGUUACGGUAAAACCUGCAUUAUACCGCUACGACCUGACAUACCGUGCAAUUAAAACAUCAGCUGGAAACAGUUCUGCUGGCUCAGGAGGCUCCGCCCUCUCACAUGACUCCGCCCCAAGCCCCGCCUCUCAGAACGCCAGUCAAUACAGCAACAGUAACAGUGUGGCAGAAGGCGACAGUGACGAUGAUACUGACCUGAUCAUCGAGAACGACAACCUGUCCACGUAUGCGCCACACCGUCUGACUAAUGGCAACGGUAGCCAUGGAAAUGCCCAGCCGUCAGGCGCAUUUGCACACAGGCCCCUCCCACAAAGUGUUUCCUUACCCAGUAGCAGCUCGUUGAGCUCCCUGACCACACCCACACACAACGGCAGCCCGACCAAGACGAGCAGUAGCCAAGAAAGCAUGAGGGAAGACGGCAAUUUUAUUACGUUGUAGGCUUCACACUACAUUUGAAGCCUUUUAUGCACAUUUAUGAGAAAACGAAUGAAGGUUUAUGUUACAUUUUCAGCCAUUACUAUCAUGAACAACAACCUAUUCAAUGAUCUUUCCCGUGAAUGAGGACCCUCAGCUGGAUCACACGGGUUGCACAAUCUAGCCAGUGUGUGAGGACAUGCGGUUGUCACUGUAUGGAAGUGCCUCUCCUUUCGCCUUAGUUGUUUUUUUGGGACAAAAUCGAUCAUAUUCAUCUCUAUAGACUCCAGAAGUGUGUUCGCUACUAUAUUGGGAUGCCUGACGUUAACCUCAGAGUACAUGAGAGAUGAAUGAUUUGCUUCUGUUGAAAUGAUGCGUGUCUUUUUGUGGGCUCAUCCCAGUUUUUAUGAUGCUUCUUGCAUUGAUGAUGAUGAUGAUAAUGAUAGUGGAAGAUGAUAAUGAGGAGGAGGAGGUGGAGAAAUAUAAGAGUGUUAAACUGGAUCGGAUCAUGCUCACCUCAUUCUGAUGCUGAUCACAGUUUCUGUUAUGCAAAAUGUCCACCAAAAUGAUGAUUCUGAAGUGGUGUUCAAUCCCUUAUAGAAAAACCACAUGAGCUUAAAUUAUGUUAUCAUCACACAUGGAACACAUAUUAAACUAAAAUGAAAUGUGCGGUUUAGGAACAAAUUAAUGUGAAAAAUGUGUUUAAAUAUAAAGCUCAUCUGGUUUUUCUGUAGGAUUUACAUUCAUCUCGAAACUAAUUAGUGUUUAUUAAUUAUAUUUCUAACAUUUAAAAACUUUAAUACUCCCAGGUACUCUUAGGUUUGGCAUACAUUAUCAAUGUUAAGAAAUGCUUUUAAUGUAUUACUAUUUUCAUGCAUAGAAAUGAAAGCCUCUAUUUGGGUUCCUCCUAUGUCCAAUAUUAUUAGUUCUUCCUCAAAUAAAAAUGCUUCAAGAUGUACUUGUUCCAAACCUAUAUGCCCUUUUUUUCUAUGGUACACAAAAGAAGAUUUUUGAAGAAUCUUACAAACCAAAACCAGUUUUUUUACCACUGACUUCCAAUGUAAGGACAAAACAAAAACACUAAGACGUUUCUUAAGAUAUCUUCUUUUAUGUUUCACAGAUUAGGUUUGGAGUAACUUGUCUGAAUAUUAAAAUUUGGAUGAAUUUUUAAAAACCAUUUCUUGAAGGAUUAUAAAAAAGCAGUCAUUUUGAAGGACGUCUGCCCAUUUUUCCCUUUGUUUUUAGCUUUUCUCCCCUCUAGAAACAUUUAAAUCCAUACACUUAACUGGCACCAGUGCGGCGUGACUUCAGAAAGACUCGACCUCUCAUUGACUCAGCCGGUCUGUUCUCCUGUGUGCUCUGUUUUUCUGUAAGCAGAAAAAAAAAGGAAAUUCCUUUUAUGUUUGGAAAGGCCUGAAUUCUGCACAUUGGGACCUUUUUCACACAGUCCAAUCCUGAUGGCCAAAGCUGUGAGGCUUUCUUAGCCACGGUGAGAGUGUGUUCAUCAUAUUUUUAAAGUGUAAUCUUACAGAAACGGCACUGAGGUGGACAUUGUCAGACUCUGGGCCAAAUAUUGGUUUCUUUAAUGUCCAACAGACUCGAGCGGCAUUUUUCAGGCAAUGAGUUCCCAGGUGAAUGCCUGAGAAAUACGUGCCUCGGGACGUCCAGCACUUCAAAGGCUGUAUAUCAAACCAUGAGGUGUUAAUGGAGGAAGAAAUGUUUAAAACAUCCUAGUGGCACUUUUUACCAGCUAAAAUAAUGAUAAUAGGGAUAUUAUUUGGGCAUGUUACACACACACACAUGCAUAUACAUACAUACAUACAUACAUACAUACAUAUA